CGCCGGUGAAAGGAGAUGGCCAAUAGCGUGGCAGGACUGUUUACCUGGGCGCCACAGCCCGGGCGCCUAUUGGCCCGUCGUCCGCCCCUGCGCUGCUCCGCGGUGACGUCAGCAGCAGCGCCGCAGCUGGUGAGGCUGCCGGGUCCAGAUUCAGAGAGAGAGCGCGCGCCGAGCCGGAGACACUCGCCGACAGACUCUGUGCCCCGGACGCGGCUGCUGGACCUCACUGACCGACACACCUUCAGUAUUGCUUCUGACCGUAACAACAAGAAGAUGCCACUGGGUGACGAUUGCCAUGAGUGGAAAAAGAAGACCAUGGAUGUGAAGGAAGUGUAUGACUUCAAAGACGUCUUGGGAACGGGAGCGUUCUCUGAAGUGGUCCUGGCCGAGGAGAAAAGAACCCAGAAGCUGGUGGCGAUCAAGUGUAUCCCCAAGAAGGCACUGGAGGGCAAGGAAAACAGCAUUGAGAACGAAAUAGCAGUCCUGCACAAGAUCAAACACACCAACAUUGUAUCUCUGGAAGAAAUAUUUGAGAGCAAAUCACACCUCUACCUUGUCAUGCAACUGGUAUCUGGCGGGGAACUCUUCGAUCGCAUCAUAGAGAAGGGCUUCUACACAGAGAAAGAUGCCAGUAAGCUCAUUCAGCAGAUUCUGGAUGCGGUCAAAUACCUCCACGACAUGGGCAUCGUGCACCGCGACCUCAAGCCUGAGAAUCUGCUGUACUACAGCAUGGAUGAAGACUCCAAAAUCAUGAUCAGUGACUUUGGUCUGUCUAAAAUCGAGGGCUCUGGCAGUGUUAUGUCCACGGCCUGUGGAACACCUGGAUAUGUUGCCCCGGAAGUGUUGGCUCAGAAACCCUACAGUAAAGCAGUGGACUGCUGGUCUAUUGGUGUCAUAGCCUAUAUUCUGUUGUGUGGUUACCCUCCCUUCUACGAUGAGAAUGAUGCCAAGCUUUUUGAGCAGAUCCUGAAGGCAGAAUACGAGUUUGAUUCUCCGUACUGGGAUGACAUCUCUGACUCAGCUAAAGAUUUUAUAGUCCACCUGAUGCAGAAAGACCCCAACACACGUUACACCUGUGACCAGGCUCUGCAGCACCCCUGGAUUUGUGGAGACACUGCCCUGGAUAAGAACAUCCAUGAGUCUGUCAGUGCCCAGAUCAAAAAGAACUUUGCUAAAAGCAAGUGGAAGCAAGCAUUCAACGCCACAGCAGUGGUGCGUCACAUGAGGCGUCUCCAGCUGGGCACCAGUCACGAGGGACCCAACCCAUGCCCAACGGAAGACACAGAGGACUGUUGUGAGGGAGGCUGCUCCCAGAGCGCCGACGGCGGGGCAGCCCCCCUGUCCAACUGCACGUACCGCUGCCACUCGACCAGCAGGGUGUGAUCCCUGCACCUGCUCCACUUACCUAUCUAAUCAGGCCCAAUAACUUUCCAAAUUUAACCCCCACGGUGAAACCAGAGGCACCAUCUGCCCCCAUUAUCUGGUUAGGAAUACAGAGUCAUUCCAACCUGUCGCCUGCAGGGGGAGCAAGCCUGUCCAGCCUGAGAAGGAAGACACAUUAUGGGAUGAAAAGGAGGAGGAGGAGGGAGUCUUGGAGACAGUGAUGAUGGUGAAGCACCAGAGUGAAUCAUUUUUACAGACUGGGCUGGUAGUUUGGGAUCAGAUGAAAUGGGGUAACGACACAACGGAGGGGAAGAAAACCUCCUCCACCAGCUUGUCAGGGGAAUAGUUUUUGCUGCAACACGACAGAGCUUGUUGGUCACUGCUUUUAUUCAUGAUUUUUGAUUCAACCCAUCUAUUUGUUUGUUUUAUUGUUUAUUGUUAUAUAUUGUUGAAUAUUUUUGUGUUGUCCUCUUAACAACCUCCUACUAUUUGACUUUGUAGUGUAACUCCAGAAACAAGAUUUGCAUGUCAGGAGAGACGACCCCCCCCCCAUGUAUGUUUUGUUGCGUCGUUAAAAUAUUCUCUGCAGCAGAAAUGCAGCAUAGCAGUACCAGCUCAUCAAGGGAUGAAGGCGGAUGUUGUGGUACAUUAAAAUCAGAUCUACAAUCUGUCUAUAAGCCAUGCUUUUAGACAAUCAGCAUAAUAGGUUAUGCAAUGAAAACUCCAUCUAUCUACUAUGUAGCCUUUCUUGUGGUGAUAGUGUUUCCAUGCGGUGGUUAGGCUUCCCCUUUUCUUUUUUCAACCCCAAACCCCGUCAACCACUCCAGCACAGGGUUGUAUAUCUUUGUCUAAGGUGCCUUUAGGAUAUAUACAGUAUAUAUAUAUAUAUAUAUAUAUAUAUAUAUAUAUAUAUAUAUAUAUAUAUAUAUGUAUGAUGGGUUUAUUUUCAGGUAGCUUCUGAAAUUUUUUGUAUUUUUCUGAAGCACAGACUUUUUUCUGUAACUUUCGGAUGUUGUAUUUUUUGUAAUUUUUCUGCUUUAAAAUGCAGUUUUAUGCUUUUUGUCUCAAAGUUGAGUACUGUAAUCUCAGAAGUGAGGCCUGCACACAUACAGUGCUGUUUGCCAUUAUGACCAACCAUAUAUUGUUUUUUAGAACUAUUCUAACUAAAAAACCUAAACCCUGUUAUAUUAUGAAAUGGGUAAAGCAAAAAAUCAAUUAAAAAAAAUCAGAGGAUCAUUUAUUUAGAAAAAUAACAUACCAAAUAAAUUCUAAAUAUUUUCUUGUAUUUUGCCUUCUCCCUUAAUAACACAUAUUGAAGAAUUGUGUUCAUGUAUCUAAAAACAUUUGCAAAAAAAAAAGAACCUGUAAAAGCAUUGAUCAAUGUGCUUAGCUGUUCUUCAGACUAGGCUGACAGAAGGAUUAGGUAAAUUGUGUGAAUGCAAAAAAGAAAAUUUGAUAUGCGUCUGUCAACUGGAUUAAAGAACGUGAAUAUGCAUCAGAUUGACUCACUUAAUAUUUACAGUACAUCAAUCAGUGAUUUGUACAGAGCGACUCAAGUCUUUCAACUUUAUUUCAUUCUUUCUACUAAAAAAUUCAUAGACAAACUGUCACUUUUAUUGUUUUUUUUUUAAUCAAGAAUCCUAUGCUUACAUUUUCUUUGUAGUGGAGAGAGGCGUUGAAUAACAGAUGUAGAGGAGCUUUCUGCACGUGUUUCAGUCCUCUGGACUUUAUUCUGGAUCCUGUUACAGUGACUGUUGUGUGUCGCUCACAGGGCCACAUCUGCCAUGAGGUCCUACAUCAUCUGAUCACUCCAUCCUCACCUUGUAAGCAUAACAAUUUCUUUUUAAACAAUUUACUCUCAGCUACAAUGCUUGAGGCAUUUGGUACUGAUGUAAUCUGGGUAUGUUUGCAUGAUGUGGCUUGAAAUUUGUGAAUCCCAUGAUUAAUCAUGAAUAGUGUGUAUACUCUUUGUAAUAAUGUUACAGUUGCCAUGAUGAUUGCUGGUAAAAGGAGAUUUUUUUUUGAUCAACUGUUUUACUCUUUAACAAGUUCAAAAUUCUCCUCAAAACAUACAGAUGAGUAAAGAUUAACACGAGUUGUAAUAGUGAUUCAAAGCAAAAUCAGUUUGCUGCUUAAAAAAGUAUUUCUGAGUUUAAUUCAGUAACCACUAUUGGGUCGGAGUUGUAGUGUAUUUGGCUGCAAACUGUAAAGUGUAUAGUGACAAGACUGGUUUUCAGUGUGAAUUGUUUGUGCGUCAUGACUAACUGACAAGAAGAGCCACAUGGGGGCAGUUGUCAUCCUCAGUCCUAUUGAUGUUGGCGGAUUGACGACCUGAUGAAUAAUGAAAACACCUCUGCUAAUGUGAUACAUUGCCACAAACGCUGAUCAUUGGCUAUCUCCUGCACUUUUAUUUAGCUCCUGUACCUUCUGACGACGAAUUUUACUGUAUAUAUAUAUAUGUGUAUGUAUAUGUAUGUAUGUAUGUGUGUGUAUAUAUAUAUAUAUAUAUAUAUAUAUAUAUAUAUAUAUAUAUAUAUAAUUUCAGGUCCAAAGGUGAGGAAAUAUUACAAGAGAAUAUACUCUCUGUGUUUGCUCUUGCUUUGUACUUUGCUGAGGCAAAGACCCAGGAAACGGAAAAGCAAAGAUUUUUACAUUCCAGUACAAUGAAACAAGUGAUUAUGAAAUAUAUAAACAUAUCCCAUUACCUCACCACUCAACCACCUUGGUAGGAAAAUAGCAGGGGUGACAUUACAAAUUACAAUUGAGAGGAGGUUUUACUAACCUUGCCCUAAGAAUUGCCUGACGAGUAGUAUUUGGAUCAGUUGCCACAUCUUUUGCAUUAAAAGUGAAUAUGCAUCCAUGUCAUCCAUGGAUGCAUCAGGAAAGAGAUUAUUUAUGUCAAGGCCUCCUUUGAUUGCUCAUCUUGUAGAGAGUGGCAAGAGUCAGGUAAUAUUUCUUGUACAAAUGAGUAUUUGUACCAUAAAUGUGUUGCCUUUUAAUAAAUACUGUUUGGGACUAUAUACUGUACCUGCUGUGUACACCAAUGCAAUGCACCAGGGGUUGUUGAAAAGUGACUAACUGCUCAGUGUGCAAGCCAGUGACUUGUGCUUGGAACAGAUCUGUAAGUGAAACACAAUAAAUCCCUGUCUAUGCAUUAUGGAA